AUGGCUCAUCCUCAAGACGAGGUCCAUCAUCACUCUAUCAAUGACCCGGAAACCUUCUGGGGCCAACAAGCAGAGCAUCUGUACUGGCACAAGAAGCCAUCUGCCGUACUGAAGGAGUAUACAAAGAAACUAGAUAAUGGCACGGUUCACGAUCAUUGGGAGUGGUUUCCCGAUGGCGAGAUAUCGACAUGCUAUAAUUGUGUUGAUCGUCAUGUCUUAGAAGGCAAUGGCGAUCAACCGGCUAUCCUGUACGACAGUCCUGUCACGAACACAAAGCAGAGGAUCACAUAUAAGCAACUACUCGAGGAGGUUGAGACCUUUGCUGGGGUCCUGAGAGAUGAAGGCGUCAAAAAAGGGGAUGUGGUUCUUGUGUAUAUGCCUAUGAUUCCGGCCGCUUUGAUUGGUAUAUUAGCGGUCAACAGGAUAGGAGCUAUCCAUGCCGUCGUCUUCGGAGGGUUUGCCGCCCAAGCUCUCGCUCAGCGGAUCGACGCAUCUCGACCGGUUGCUAUCCUCACAGCAUCUUGUGGCAUCGACGGCAACAAACCCCCUAUCCCCUAUCAAGUGUUUAUCGAAGAGGCAGAGGAUCUCGCAGAGUGGAAGACCCCAAAGACCAUUGUAUGGCAACGCGACCAACUUCGAUGGGGCCGCAUGAGAUCAACUGAAGGGGAGCGUAACUGGCAGAAGCUUGUCAGGAGCGCAAAGGCACGGGGCGUAAAGGCUGAAUGCGUGCCGGUCAAGUCGACCGAUGGUAUAUACAUCAUCUACACAAGCGGCACAACAGGUCUACCGAAAGGUGUGCUCAGAGAUGCGGCCGGUCAUGCUGUUGGCCUUCAUCUUUCUAUAAGCUAUCUAUUCAACAUCCACGGACCUGGCGAUGUGAUGGGAUGUUUCAGUGACAUUGGCUGGGUUGUCUCUCACAGCUAUACGCUAUAUGGGCCGCUUCUAACCGGAGCCGCAACGGUGUUAUAUGAGGGCAAGCCAGUAGGCACGCCCGACGCUUCGGCGUUCUGGCGAAUCAUCGAGGAAUAUAAGGUCAACACGAUGUUUACAGCCCCAACGGCUCUCCGUGCCAUUCGAAAAGAUGACCCGGAAAACACGUAUAUCACCAAGAUAGGGAAGCGAGGUGGCUUGAGAUCCUUAAAAGCUAUGUUCCUGGCCGGCGAACGCUCCGAGCCCGCUAUAAUCACUAUGUAUCAGGACCUGCUAAAGAAAUACGGUGCCAAUGAUGCUCAUGUCAUCGACAACUGGUGGUCAUCAGAAUCAGGCUCACCAAUCUCGGGAAUAGCCCUGGUGCCUCACGCCGGGAAGGAUAGGAAGACUGAUGUUCGAGAUCACCCUCCUUUGGAGAUAAAGCCUGGCAGCGCGGGCAAGGCCAUGCCAGGCUUUGACGUCCGUGUUGUUGAUGACAACGGCAAGGAGGUGCCAAAAGGCAGCAUGGGAAACAUAGUCCUGAACACACCUCUUGCGCCGACUGCCUUCCGCACUCUCUGGGAAGACGAGGAGAGAUUCUACAAGGGUUACUUGAAACGGUUCGAUGGGAAGUGGGUUGAUACGGGAGACGCUGGCUGGAUCGAUGAACAUGGAUACAUACAUAUUAUGGCUCGCUCGGAUGAUAUUAUCAACGUUGCUGCACACCGCCUUAGUACAGGAACACUAGAGCAAGCUAUCACAAGCCACCCACUCGUCACUGAAGCGUGUGUGGUAGGGAUUCCCGAUGCUUUGAAAGGCCAAAUGCCUUUUGCAUUUGUCGGCACGAGUUCGGAUAUAUCAGAUGAUCAGCUAUUCAAAGAGGUGCAGAAGCUUGUGAGGACACAGGUAGGGGCCAUUGCCAGUUUGGGUGGCAUGAUUCAAGGAAAGGGCAUCAUUCCAAAGACUCGCUCUGGUAAGACGUUAAGGCGUGUUCUCAGGGAGCUCCUAGAGAACGCUGUUCAUGGUGAAUUUGACAAGGAGGUCAAUGUCCCGCAGACGGUCGAGGAUGCCGCGGUCGUGGAUUUGGCUAGAGAGAAGAUACGAGAUUAUUGGGCAGAAAAGGGACAACUCCAUAAGUCCAUUGAGACCAGAGCAAAGCUCUGA